AUGCACUUCAAGGCCAUCAUCCUGCUGUUGAGCGCCUCGGCCUCGCUCGCGGCGGCCCAGAGCGUCGAUCCCGCCGUGCCCUCUGUCGCGCCGGAGGUGGCGCCUGGCGAGGGAGUUGGGGAGGUGCCCGUCCUGGCGCCCGAGCCGGCCGUGCCUGUCCCGGGUGGGAACGACGAGGAGGGUGUGCCCGCUGUCGAGGUCCCGGCGCCCGAGGUCCCAGCUGGUGAUGUUGCCGCUCCUGAGGUUCCCGCGGCCCCCGAGGCUCCCAUCGCCCCCGAGGUACCAGCAGCCCCCGAGGUACCAGCAGCCCCUGAGGCUCCCCUCGCCCCUGAGAUUCCAGAGGCCCCCGAGGCUCCCAUCGCCCCCGAGGUGCCAGCUGAGCAGCCGGUGGCCGACCUCCCUGAUGCCGACCAGGACGGGAUUCCUGACGGCGCCGAGACCGGUGGACAGGGUGCCGAGUUGCGGCCCCUGCCCGGCUUGCAGGAGACCGUUGGUGAGCUGAGACCGCUGCCCGGCACCGGUGGCGAGCAGAUCGAGGAGGUUCAGCCGCCGGAAGGUGCUGAGCCGGUUCAGUCUGCUCUGCCUGUUUCGUCUGCUCUGCCUGUUUCGUCUGCUCUGCCUGUUUCGUCUGCUCUGCCUGUUUCGUCUGCUCUGCCCGUUGAAUCUUCUGCGCCAGCCGAGUCCUCUCUGCCAGCCGCGUCUUCGGCCCCCAUCCCAUCUGAGGCGCCGGUAGAAUCCGCCCUGCCGCUCGAGUCUGCAGCCCCGGUCGAGGGAGUUAGUCCCCUGCAGCCCAUUGCGCCGGCCGACCCUCUCCAGCCUUCCGAGUCGGCAUCGAGCAUCGUCGAAUCGGCCAUUCCCACCCUCGCGCCCCUGCUGCCGGGCAGCGCCGCGCCGUCGGUCGACCCCGCCUCGUCGAUCCCACCCGUCAGCGAGUCGGCCGUUCCCAGCCUGCCCCUCGACAUAACCGACCCUCCAGCGCCAUCGGCGGCGUCCAGCGAUCUCCUUCUCCCCACAGAGUCCAGCGAGCUUGUUGUCCCGAGUGCCUCUUCCGCCCUGCUCGAGCCCUCGACGCCGCUAUCUCUCGUCGAAUCCGCCAUUCCGUCCCCGCCUCUGGCGGCACCCCUCGUACCAUCCGCGCCCGCCGCUCCUCUGGUCCCCGUGGCACCCGUCGAGAGCCUGCCCGUGAUCCCCACGAACGCCACUCUCCCCCAGGUCCCCGUCCAAACGCCAGAGCCCAUCCCAGCUCUGCCCGUCGGCGGCGCCCUCCCGAGCGCGCCCCCCUCCGCCGUCAUCGGCAACGGCACCGCCCCCGUCGCGCCCCCCGCUGCUCCCGUCCCCGGUGACGCGGAGGAAGUCCAGGGUCCGUCUGGCGGCGAGACGGGACUCGAGCCCCUGCCCGGCACGGACGACUCUGGCAGCGGUGAGCUCCAGGACCGGCCUGCGGGCGACGAGGGGGCCGCCGACGAGGAGCAGGAUGGCGGCGAGGCCGACGAGGAAGGAGACGAGGAGUCUGAUUCGGACUCGGACUCUGAGUCGGAUUCGGAUGAGGAUUCUUCCUCUGAGGAGGAAUCUGGCGACGGCGAGGAAGCUGGCGACGGCGAGGAAGCUGGCGAUGAAGAGGAGGAAUCUGGUGAUGGCGAAGACGAAGAGGAGGAAGAAGAAGAAGAAGAAGAAGAAGAGUCCUCAGGCGAAGCAGGAGACAAUGCAGACGAAGGAGACGAGGAGGAGGAGGACUCGGGCAGCGGCGCCGGUAGCGGUUCCGGCUCCGACACCCAACCCUCGGCGCUCCUCGCGCCAACCGGCCUCGCCCCGAACCGAACGGCCACUCUGCCCGGCACGCUUCUGGUCGCGACGUCGUCUUUCGGCGCAGGCCUCACGAUGCAGACGUCGCUGCGCCUCGCGACCGGCGUGUCGGCCGAGGUGACGGCACCGUCGAACGGUGGGUUGGAGGCCGUGACGACGGGGGCGAACGGCGGAACGCUCAAUGCUGAGGAUGAUCAGGGAGCUGGCGUGCGGGUCGGCGUUACGGGCUUCGCUGGCAUGGUUGUUAUGGCGGCUGUUGUCUUUGUUCUUUAG